AUGCCGCCUGCCUUUAUUCAGGACUCGGAAGAUGAAGACGACCUUGUUACGGUAGCUGCACCUGCCGCAGUGGCGACUCUGACUAGAUGCGGGGAAGAGGUGCCGAAUGACAUUGAUGAUCAGUCCUCUGCUUCUACUGCCGAGCUUCUCAGACGUGCCCAAGUCGCCCUGAUGGCUCCCACUCAGGAAGACGUGCCUGUUGUCAACUUCUCCGAUCUCGCUGCCACCUCCGUCGCUACUUCGCCCGCCAGUUCGCACAAGAAGCGCCCUGUCUCCGAUACAGAUCCUGAGCCUCGUUCGUCUGGAAAGCUCAAGCGCAUUAAAAUUGUCACAAAGCCAGAGUCACGAUACUCUUCCACCGACCUCCUGCUCUCCGCCCCAGUCCCACCUUUCGAUGGCACCAAUGACACUAUUCCCGGUCCUACCCUACCGUCCGCAGCUGGCCACCAUGUAGUCCACGAGAAGAGAACCCCGAAGCCUCGAAAUCGCAACUCGUCUCAACAAUCAUCGGCCGACCAGACAAACAACCUCACUCCUUGGUCAGGCACUGUUCUCGGUAGUAGCGACAGGCUCAAUUCCGAUGAUGCUAUCGGUUACCCUAAGGAGUUGUAUAAUCCAAAACCCUCUCGCUCGAGAUCUGCCCAGGUUGACACGAGUCACAUUGACUACACAAUGGUGGUUGAGAAGGCCGUCAAGAAGGGAAAGCCAAAGCGUUCCGCCACCGACACAAGCGACCAUGUCACCCCCAAUUCAAUCUUCCCCGCAUUACCAAUCGACCAAGCUCCUCCUUUCGAACGACUGUCGCCCAGUCCUGAAGCACCUGUCUCUACAGACUCUCUGCAACUACACUCUACCGUACCCGAAUCCGUCCAAGAUCUGUAUUUAUCUACAAAAUCAGCCAGAAAAGCUACAAACACGAAGCUGCCAGCGAAACGCGGUCGUCCCAAGAAGAAGGUGGUCGCAGAUGACGAAGAAGACGAAGAAGACGAGCCAGCUCAUGGAGAAGAUGUUCCAGCAGCAAGAUCCACGCCCAGAUCAGUCAUCAAGACAGAGGUCCAGGUCGUCAUAGAGCCAAGAUCUGACCCAGCUUUGGCAGCUAGUGUACUCGCCCAGCUGAGACAGCACAAAUCACGGGAGCCGACGCCCAAGCCAGACGAGGAGCCGGCCUUCCAGGAGGCCAUGUCUGCACCCUCCCGGGAGAUUGAUCAUGUCGGAUUCAAGGCUGAGUCUGAGCUUGGGGUAGGUGACGAAUCCGCGGAGGAAGUUAUCAAGCCUAGGGCCAAUGCUAGAUCAAAGGCAAAGGCCAAGCCUAAAGCCAAGUCAAAGACACCCGAACCAGUCUACAAAGACGAAGAUGAUUACGAACACCAAGACGAAGACGAAUUCGUGGAAGAGCCUGUGAAGGCAAAAGCCAAAAGCAAGGCAAAACCAAAAGCCAAACCAAAAGCAAAAGGAAGAGUUGCCAAAGCCAUUGCUACGCCAGAUCCACCCUCCGAUCACGAUGAAGACAUGCCAGAAGUUCCUCCACCAGACGGAGAUGAGGAUGAUUCUGAAGACGACCAUCUCUCCGAAGCCGAAGAAGACUCGGAAGACGAAUCUCCCAAAGCUAAACCCAAAGCAAAAGCAAAAGCUGAGCCUAAGUCGAAAACAAAGCCAAAGCCCAAGGCAGCAGCACCAAAGCCUACUGCGGCUACCCCAAAACCCUCUCCUCCUGUCCCCGAAGCAGAAAUACCGGCUCCUGCCAUCAUGGAAGUAUCUACUCCUGCUGCCGUCACGACACCCAAAGUUGCUACUGUGAAGAAAGACGCAAAGUCUUCGGCCAAACCUGGUUGGCAGCAAUCGACGUAUCGAGUGGGUUUGAGUAAGACACAAAGAAUUCCCUCAUUACUCAAGGUCUUCAAGAAGUGA